CUUAAUAGCAUUGGAGGCCAUGGAACCUUUGAAGAUGUCAUCACGCUUGCAAACAUUAUCAAGCUCUUCAACCCUGACCUGAUUGGUCCAGCUCCCACCAAGACGGUCCACGGUACCCCUGCGCCCCUCAGUGAGACCGGCUUCAACCUGGCCGUCACUGGACACAACACAUUUAAUCUUCCUGGACAGGUCAGACAUCUCAUUGACACCCUGAAAACGUACCAGGGUAUAGAUUUUGAUGAAGACUGGAAGCUUCUGACCAUCCUCAUAGGCAUGAAUGACAUCUGUGAUUACUGCAAAGAUAAGUCCCUCUUUUCAGUGGAAAACUUCAUCUACUACAUGACUGUGUCCUUGGAGAUGUUGAUGAAUGAGGUUCCACGGAUGAUCGUGAACGUGGUGCAGAUUCUGCCUAUGGAGACCCUGAGGGAGGUGCAGAAGCCCACCCCAGGCUGCCUGCUCCAGAGGUAUUUGACCUUUCACCCCCCCCGUCAUGUGACCGGGACUAGGCUGGCCGGCUAAAACAAUCACCAUUGGUCAUAUCUGACCUUUGUGCAUGCUUGACUCUCAUGCUCUCUGAAUGACAAAUACUUCUCGUAGAGUAGCGGCCCCUCAACAGCAGAGGCCUCAGUGCUAACUUGGCAAUAAGUGGAUGAAAAAGGCAAUUUCCGAAGAUUGAUGAUCUCUAACUACAAGUGUAAAGCGUAAUGAUCAGCGUUCAGGCCAGUGAACACUGAUGUCUCUGUCCUUGUCAGCAGUUUUGUCCACUUUUAUACUCUACCAACCACUACAGAAUAUAAUGUUCACAAUUGGGGUGAAUGCCAAGGGGUUUUAUGACUGUUUUAGUGCUUCAUUCCUCUGGGAGCUAAACCACCCUGUGGGCAAUGACAAACUAGGAGCUGUACAAUGACUGGUCACUGGAAUACGGCAUAAUAACAGAAUUUCUGUCCUUUUGUAUGUUUUUACACACUUGGAUGAAUAUUACAAACUUGUAUGUUUAUUACAAACUUGUAUGUUAUACGAUUGCUAAACCAAGCGUGCAUAUAUCUGCUCAAAAUGUAUGACAAUAUGCCAUGUUGUAAUUGCAUCCCAAAAACAAAUGUAGUAAUUUCCUUUUUUUUGAGCAUGCUUUCAUGUGAGUUCAAUUCAAACACAUUGGGUUGGAUUCAUGUAUGUGGAUUACGCCUAGUCCUGGACUAAAAGAGAACUUCAAUGGAGAUAUCCAUUGAAAAAGCCUUUUUGUCUGGGACCAGGCUUAAUCCACGUAUGGGAAACCGGGCCAUUGUGUCUGGAAAUGCGUUUGGUUCUGUUUUGUGCAGGUCUUUCUGUUCCUGUUUAGUGAAGCCAGCGACCGGCUCAGCUGAUCUGAAGGAACUGGUGUCGGUCAAUCUGGAGUUUCAGAAACGGCUAGAGCAGCUGCUCUACACAGAUCGAUUCUUCAAAAAGGACUUUGCUGUGGUCCUUCAACCCUUCCUCAAAUAUGCGGAUCCUCCACGGCUUCCGAAUGGGAAGAUUGACAUGAGCUUCUUCACACCAGACUGUUUCCACUUCACCAUGAAAGGACACGAAGAGCUGGCCAAGGGCCUGUGGAACAACAUGUUCCAAGCUGAGGGAGAGAAGUUAAUGGUAGAGAGUUUCUCUAAACCCAUUCCACUAAGAUGUCCUCCACCGGAUCACCCUUACAUCUUCACCAAGCCCAGCGCUGUGGAGAAUGGGCAGACCACUACUCCAUCAGAAGACGUCGCAACUUCCAGUGGGCAGAGGUCCUCCGUGCUCAGCUAUCUCUUGCCCCUCACCUACCUCCUCCUUCGGACUACCGUGGCUCUGACCUGCCUGUAACGCUCUGGACACUAAACCAGAGUUGGACACUUUCUUAGUGAUUGUUGUCUGACUGUUUUGAAGUGCUUUCCGAAACGAGGCUUUGACCAUUUGAUGUAAAUAUUUCUUUCAAGGUCUUUUUUCACUCUGUACAACCGUAAUCUCUGUAGUGACCACUAGAGGUCGAUUUUGCAUUUGUGCCGUCAUUGCCAUUGCUGUUAACAUCUGCAAUGGCCAAUACUGGCACGUGGUGAGAAGUCAGUUGUCGAUAAUUUAGGAAAGCCGUCUAGUCUACCACUCCUAUGAAAUGUGAUGUGCUUUUGCUUUUGCCAGUGUGGAAGCUGUUCCUUUUUCAUAACAUAAUCUAUGCACUAAAUCUGAACAGAAGGUAAUUACACUCCAGUUAUGUCAAAAAAGAGGGGACAUUUGAACCAUCUCUAAAACAUCAUAUCUUGAUCAGGAAGCGGCUGGGCUAAUUGGAGGUUAGACAGGGACCAGGUGCAAGUCAGAUUUAGCCCCAAUGUAAUGCAGUUCUAAUUUGUUUACCAAUGAAAAGUAAUUAGGCGAGCUUUUUCUGGUCCAGGGGCAGCAUGGCUUUCAAACUCAUUAAGCGCUGGAGGCAGAGGUGAAAGGGAAAUCUGUGGAAAGAACAAUAGCGCGGCUUCUAAAAGCAGGCCCUGCAUAAAGGUAAACCAGACUGGGGCACGCCGCACCCCCGGCUAAUGAGAUAACCGGAUCUGGAGGCUGCAACCUGAGACGUGUUUUCAGGCUUUCCCCCAACAGAACGUCAGUCCCUCGACUCCAGUCACAUCUCACGUCAAAAUACACAAUGAGGACCUGCUUAAGCCACUUACACAAGCCUGCCGCAGAAAUGAAAGAAUAAAAGAUGCAUUUGCCAUGC